AAUUCUAAGAAACCUUUGGUUUUAAAUAAACACGCAAAAUCAUAAAGUAAUUCAUGUUAAUAAAGUAUGUAAUUUAGACAACCUAUUCCGUUUAUAAAUUAAAAUUAAUUAUUUUAUAAAUGGAAUCAGAAUAAUAACAAAUAUAUCUCAUAAACAUGUCUCAAAAUACACCUUGCGAAGCAAUUUUUGAAGUCAACAAAAAUAUUUAUGAUACAUAUUCUGGUACGUUAUGGAGAGAAGGAAAAAGUAAACUUAAAGCUUAUCACUGCAUCAUUGCUAAUGGCAAUUUUUACUGCUAUAAAGAUCCAAAAAGUAAAAAGCCAAAGUUAUGCAUUCUUAUGAGCCAAUCACAACUUUCUUUAGAAGAUGAUGUCAAGUUUAUAAUUGAUGUAUCAAAGAAAAAUAAAGGAUAUAAGUUCGUUACUGCUAACCAGCAAGAUAGAGAAAAAUGGAGUCAACAGAUGCUUGCAGCUGGUUCAAGUGUCAAAGAUAGCAAUGAAUUGUUGAGAAAAAAUAACAAAUUGAGUUUGCCAAGAAUUUUACCAAUACAAAAUGAUUACGUUUUAAAUCUAAAUAAAAAGAAUAAAGAUAUAGAAAAUGUUUAUGGUGAUGUUUCUCAUUAUGAAAAGUUAAAGCUUAAUAUGUAUGAGUUAGAUGAUGGUGAAUCCAACCACUAUGAAAAAAUGGAUUUAAAAGAAACUCCAGAUAAAACUGAUAUUAAAACUUAUGAAAAUUUACAUAACUAUCUAAACAUAUGCCGAAUUGACCCAGAUAGCUCAACAGAUUUUGGAUCUCAGAAUCAGCAAUCAGAAACCAUUUCUGAAGAAAAUAUAUAUGCAGUUCCAAAAAGUACAUCAGAAAAUCUUUAUCAAAAUUUCGAUAAUUAUGAAAGUUUUCGCUAUGAAGACAUUGAUAGGCCGAAUAGUGAAAGUCUCUUGUCAAAAAGCCAAAAAGUCGGCUGCUUUUUAAUAAGACAUGCAAAAAAUGACAAUAAAGAAGUUCUCAGCGUUCUUAUAGAUACCAAUGGCAUAGUAAAACACUACAAGAUUUUUGAGUUAGAGGGUAUGCACUACUUAGAGUCAACAGAGCCAAGGUUUACAACAGUGAUACAGAUGAUACGUCAUUACGAGGUUAAUUAUUUGCCGAGGUGUAAUAUCUGCUUGGCUCAACCUUGUUUUCGAUAGCUUGGCUAUAUGCAGUAUUGCAAAUGAAUAACGAUGAAGGAAGCGUGUCAAGGAAUUGUACCGUUAAAUUAUAAAAUAAUUUUUAAUUAGUUUA